AUGACUAACUACGGCACAAUCCCCACCUCUUCCCCACCGGGAACGUCCACGAAUCUUGAAUACAUUUCUCGUGCCAAAGAACGAAUAAAAGCUGGUUUAGCCACACGUAGGCCAUGGAAAGUGAUGUUCAACUUCAGGUCCUUCAACUUCCCUGGUAGUCUAUCAGAAGCAUUUGCGAGAGUCCGGACUAAUAUCGGCUACUUUACUAUGAACUACGCGCUAAUAGUGCUAAUAAUCCUGUUCUUGAGUCUGCUAUGGCACCCUAUCUCUCUCAUAGUAUUUAUUGUCAUGUCGGUCGCAUGGUUGUUCCUCUACUUCUUGCCUGAAGAACCCCUUGUGGUUUUAGGCCGCACUAUUGAUGAUCGUGUGGUGCUGGUCGUGCUGGCUGCGUUAACCAUAAUCUUUUUGUUGUUGACUGAUGUUACUUUGAAUGUUGUGAUUUCACUUUUGAUUGGUGUGGUUCUGGUUUUGCUUCACGGGGUUUUAAGGAGGACUGAUGAUUUGUUCUUGGAUGAAGAAGCUACUGGGUUGAUGAGCGCUACUCGUACUCAAGCUGCUGGAUCUUCUUCUACUUCUUGA